GAGCACAUGACUCCCAGCCGAGCCCACAUGACUGCACUGUGUUUUAAUGAUUUUCUUCCGUGUACGACUUCGUUUAUAAGACACGGUGAACUGGAACUGUCUCCAGACUGGAGUUUAUAUGAAUUAAUUCGCUUCUGUUCACACUGUGAGGAGUUUCCAUUCAUUUCUCCCAGCGCUCCGGUAUGCAGAAAACAGCAGUUGUUUUGUUGCUGGCCUUCUCAGCAACUACCUUUGCUCUGGACAAUGGCCUGAUGAGGACCCCGCCUAUGGGCUGGCUGGCAUGGGAGCGAUUCCGCUGUGACAUUGAUUGUGACAAUGAUCCCAAAAACUGCAUCAGUGAAUCCCUCUUCAAAGACAUGGCAGACAGGCUGGCUGAGGAUGGAUGGAGGGAGCUUGGUUAUGUCUAUGUCAACAUUGAUGAUUGCUGGUCUUCAAAGCAGAGAGACGCACAAGGACGACUCCAGCCAGAUCCUAAAAGGUUCCCUGGUGGCAUCGCUAAUCUGGCGCGCUACGUUCAUGACCGUGGGCUUAAGCUGGGAAUUUAUGGAGACCUGGGGACUUACACCUGUGGAGGGUACCCUGGCACCACCUUGGAUAAAAUCGAAAUAGACGCUCAGACCUUUGCAGAUUGGGGCAUUGACAUGCUCAAACUGGAUGGUUGCUACUCCAACGCCACAGAUCAGGAAAUGGGCUACCCACUAAUGACAAAGGCCCUCAAUGCCACCGGCCGACCAAUUGGGUAUUCGUGCAGUUGGCCUGCGUACCAGGGUGGGCUUCCUCCCGCUGUCAACUACACCCUGCUAGGAGAGAUCUGUAACCUGUGGCGUAAUUAUGGUGAUAUUCAGGACUCAUGGGACAGUGUCUUAAACAUUGUGGACUGGUUUACUGACCAUCAGGACAUUCUCCAGCCUGCUGCUGGACCAGGACAAUGGAACGACCCAGAUAUGCUGAUAAUUGGGGAUUAUGGCCUCAGCAUUGACCAGUCACGUUCUCAGAUGGCAUUGUGGGCAAUAAUGGCUGCUCCUCUCUUCAUGUCUAAUGAUCUGCGGACCCUGAACAGUGGGGCGCGUGCUAUACUACAGAACAAAGGCGCUAUUGCAAUCAAUCAGGACCCAUUGGGUAUUCAAGGCAGACGCCUGAUCAAGGAAAAGAGUGGCAUAGAUGUGUUCUGGCGUCCUCUGUCUAAUGGAGCAAGUGCUUUGGUCUUCUUCAGCAGAAGAACAGACAUGCCAUACCGAUACCAGACCUCUCUAAAGGCCCUCAACUACACCCCUGGCACUUAUAAGUUGUAUGAUGUGUUCCUGGAGAAGUCAUUGCCUGAGGUAAAGGAUGCCACAGACUUCGUUGUCUCAGUCAACCCCACAGGGGUGGUCAUGUGGUAUGUUUACCCGUCCACUAAGCAAGAAGUUCACCUCAAAAGUAAACUGACUAAGUCUGUCUUUCAUCGCAAACCCUAUUCUCCUGAUAUUCUCUAAAAAAAUAUGCUUUCUGUUAGAUGUGCCAUCCAAAGACAGUACCACUACCACCAGUAUACAGCAUUACUGAUCUUUAUCUCUCUGGACUGAAAACUCAGAGAAAAACAUCAGAGGAAAGUUGUCCCAUGUUUCAGCAGUCUAGAUUUUAUAUCUGAGUAUUUUAAUGUAAGUGUUCUUUUCAGUAUCUAACAGUUGCUACAUGAAGGUUGCACACAUGUGCUUAGCGUUAAAAAAACUUUAUACAAAAAAAAGAGAGAGAUUGGUUGGGAUUAACUCUAAAUGUUCAGAAUCUCAAUAACAUGCAUUCCUAGAUUAACUUGUAUAUUGUUUUUUUUUUUUUAACUGUGCAUGGCAUAUACUCCUGGUACUGUGUUUGGAUAGUGUAGCUAAUCCACGCUCAGGGAAAAUCAACCUGUGAGACUGUUCUGUUUACAAAUCAGCACUAAAGAAGGGAAAGUCCAAAAAGUCAUGCUUUGGAUUUUUUUUAUGUUUUGGAGGAGAUUUUUUUGUACUACUCUUCAUUGUGAUUAAACCUGUGAUUAAAUGUGUUAUUUGUUUA